AAAAGAAAAAUACUGUUUCUCCCACCACAACCUAACCAUCGCUGUUAUAAACUGAAAACCCAACUCAAGCCACCAACACAACACUCCACAACAAACAUAUAAUCAAACGUCUCAAUUACCUUUUCAAUUCUCUUCUUUAUUCUUCAUUUUUAAUUUGAUUUUUGAUUAUACAGAUUCUGUUUCUGGGUUCUCUCUGAGAAAUUUUGAUCUGGGUAUCGCCGAUUUAGCUUAGUGGACUAAUAAUAUUCAGUAAAGUUCAAAUCUUGGAUUGAGCUGUUGUUGAAAAUACGCUUUGUUUUUGGUUACUAAUGGAUGCCAAAUUGGUGCAAGGAGUACAAUUUUCAACGUUAUGGACUGAUUCUAGCCAGUUUUCAAGGAGAAAUUCACAUGGUUCGUUGCGGUUUUCGAGUAAAUUGAAGGGGAAACAGAGGUCUGAAGUGGUUAAUUCAGCUAAGUUUAUGCCUUUGAGUAAUAAACAUAAGCAUAAAUUUGUGCCUUUGGAGGUCUCAUGUUCUUAUACCAAAGCUUCAGUAUUGGAAUCAGGAAAUAUCCAUGCUUCUUCUGAAGAAUAUUUGAUUUUGAAGAAUAAGUCACAAGCAGUUGAGCCCUAUUUAAGCGGACGUUGUUUAUAUCUCGUAGGAAUGAUGGGCUCCGGAAAAACCACUGUGGGCAAGAUUCUUGCACAAGCGCUUGGAUAUACAUUCUGCGACUGUGAUACCUUAAUAGAGCAGGAAGUAAAUGGAGCUUCAGUAACUGAAAUCUUUAACUUGUAUGGAGAAGGUUUCUUCAGAACAAAAGAGACGGAGGCCUUUAAAAAGUUGUCUGGGAUGCAUCAAAUGGUUGUUUCUACUGGUGGAGGUGCAGUUAUACGGCCCAUUAACUGGGAAUACAUGCAAAAGGGAAUAAGUGUCUGGUUGGACGUUCCUUUGGAAGCAUUAGCAAAAAGGAUUGCAUCCGUGGGAACUGAUUCUCGCCCCCUUUUACAUCACGAAUCAGGCGACGCAUACACAAAGGCCUAUAGGCGUUUGUCUGCUAUACUUGAAGAGAGAGGAGAAUUGUAUGCAAAUGCAAAGGCCAGGGUUUCUCUGGAAAAUAUUGCAGCCAAACUGGGAUAUAAAGAUGUGUCCAGUAUCUCGCCAACCGCAAUUGCAGUUGAGGCUCUAGAACAAAUUGAGAAUAUCUUAAAGAAAGAGGAAUGGAAUAUAGCAUUACAAGACACUGGUUCUGAUGGUUUGUGAUCUCAUCCUGUUAUAUCUGUCUAUGUUGCACGAAAAUUGUAGAGUCUUACGUUUUGGCGUUCUGUUUUUUGUUAUCGUGAACACUUCUGAAACUCCUAAACUUUAUAUUUAUAACUUUUUCCUGUAAGAAAUGUCGUUUUAUCGCUUUCUGUUGUAAGGUUUUUUCAGCGUCUUCGUGCAACAUAGAUGCCUGUAGCGCAUGCCUUGGCUCUAAAUUUAUUAGUGAAACGAGGAAUGCGGCUUGUAAUUAUGUAUCAGAUAAAAAUGUGUGAUUGUUGGCUUGUCUAAUGCUGAAGCAUGUAAUUGUAACACUGUGAUGAGUAUUGCUUGUUGAGUUAUACUACACAUUCUCAGAGCAGGUCGAUUUUGUUGGGUU